AUGACGAGACCCCUGCUGCGGCCCGCCGGGCUCGGACCGUUCGUCCCGCCGUGGCUGCCGCUGCCCGCGGCGCCGGGGCGCGGAGUCCAGGCCCCGAGGGCCAGGCCCGCGCCGCGCUGCCCGCCGCUGCCCCCACCUCGGCGGGGGACGGCCCCGGGGCUCGACCGCUGCGGGGGCUGCCGCGUCUGCGCCGCGGCCGAGGGCGGGGCCUGCGGCGGGGCGCUCGGCCGGCCGUGCGCCGCGGGGCGGCAGGGACGCGCGCCGCUCGCGCCCUGGCUCCUCGGCGGGGGGGCGGCCGUGUGCGGCGGCGACGGGCGCACCUACCCCAGCCUGUGCGCGCUCCGCGCCGAGAACCGCGCCGCGCGCCUCCGUGGCGCGCUCCCGGCCGUGCCGGUGCGGAAGGGGGACUGUGGAGCCCCAGGGACCAGAAGCGCACGCUGGCUCAGGAGCAAGUACAACUUCAUCGCCGCCGGUGAGACGGUGGCCCCGUCCGUGGUCCACUUACAGCUGUUUCGCGGGUCGCCUCUCAGCAGUGAGGAUAUUCCUGCAAACAGUGGCUCUGGGUUCAUAGUGUCUGAGGAUGGGCUUAUUGUUACCAAUGCCCACGUCCUCACAAACCAGCAGUGGAUCCAGGUGGAGCUCCAGAGCGGGGUCCAGUAUGAAGCCACUGUCAAGGACAUUGACCAUAAAUUGGAUCUUGCCCUGAUUAAAACUGAGCCAAAUACUGGACUUCCUGUAUUGCUGCUGGGAAAGUCAUCUGACCUGCGAGCUGGCGAGUUUGUGGCGGCCUUGGGUAGCCUGUUUUCACUGCAGAACACAGUGACGGCAGGCAUUGUCAGCACCACACAGCGAGAGGGCAAAGAGCUGGGGCUGAAGGAUUCAGGCAUGGACUACCAGAUGGAUGCCGUAAUUAAUCACGGGAAUUCUGGGGGGCCUCUGGUGAAUUUGGAUGGUGAUGUGAUUGACAUAAACACACUGAAGGUGACCACAGGAAUCUCCUUUGCAAUUCCCUUGGAUCGCAUUCGACAGAAAGGAAAGGCUGUUUCACAGAAGAAAUAGCUGGGUCUGCGCAUGCUAUCCCUCACUAUGAGCCUGCUUCAGGAAAUGAAAAGGCAAGAUCCAGAUUUCCCUGAUGUGACCUCUGGAGUUUUUGUAUAUGAGAUGAUUCAAGGAACAGCUGCUGAAAGCUCUGGGUUGAGAGACCAUGAUGUAAUAGUCAGCAUAAACGGACAACCUGACACGACAACCGACGUGACUGAAGCUGUUAAGGCCAAUGAUUCCCUUGAUUCCCUUUCUAUCCUGGUUCGUCGGAGAAGUCAACUGUUGAUCCUGACAGUCACACCUGAAACAAUCAAUUAAGUGUCUUGCUUUAAAAAGAAAUGA